AUGGCUGGCGAAGAAGUAUCGACGUUGGGUAUCACCAAAUUUGAUGGGCUGGAUUUUGCAUACUGGAAGAUGCAAAUGGAGGACUACCUCUACAGCAAGAAAUUGCACUUGCCUCUGGGAGAAAAGCCAGAAGGCAUGAAGGAUGAAGAAUGGCAGAUCCUUGAUCGACAGGUGUUGGGUAUGAUCCGUUUGACGUUGACGAAGAACGUUGCUCACAACGUUGCAAAGGAGAAGACGGCGUCGGGAUUGAUAGCGGUUUUGUCCGAUAUGUAUGAGAAGCCCACGGCGAAUAACAAGGUACAUCUUAUGAAAAAGCUUUUCAAUCUUAAGAUGUCUGAUGAUGGUUCGGUGGUCAGAACACCUAAAUAG